GUCAAAACUUCGUGAGGAAGGGGAAAUUCAAUCUGACAUCUGUCCCCGCUCCCUUCACUACGGGCUAGGGGAUCUCGCGAAACAAAUCUCUUAAAUAUUUGUGUAAAUAAACACACCACAUCACAUAAAAUAACUUUACCAAAGUAUCUUUUGGCACUACUUCACUUGCCUUGUUUCGAUUUUUUUAGACAUGACUGUUCUGCAAAUUUACAAAUUAGCUGAUAGUAACAAUCCACAAGCUAUCAUCAGUUUUUCAGAAAAAGGAGGAGAAUUUAAAUCUGUUAAGUGGCUCAUAUAUUUAUGCAAAUAUUAUCAACAUAAACCCCUGUUUCUAUAAAGCAGCAAACAGAAAACACAUAGAAAUAGUACCAAAAAAUGGUCGGAAAAAACUGCAUGAUGGCGAUUCUUUUGCAUUUUUAGCAGACAGCUUUUGGUUUAGGAUACAAUUAACUCCAGAUGGUCAACUCUCAAACAAAGACCAGUGCAAGUCAAUAAACAAGGAAACAUUAUUAGUGGGGAAACCAAAACCAAGUCAGCAGCAAAAACCUGAGCAAAAAUCAUGUGCAACUGAUGAUUUAACUGAACACAUAAAUAAAGAACUAAAACAGUGUGAUGUGCAAGAUGUGCCAGAUGAAUGCAUCAUGAAAACAGAAGAUGUACUUGAAAAAGCAGAUGUCCUGAUGUCAACUAAAUCUAAGGCUAUUAUAAGUGGGAAAAAGUACAAAUCUUAUGAGGAAAGUAUUGCUUCUGCUGGAAAACGUUUAUACAGUGAUAGCGAGACAACUACUGGAUGUUGCAAAAAAAUUAAAAUAGAGCCAUAUAUACCGCCAAAAAAAUUACUAGAACAUAAACCAGUUGUUGAUACUAAAAAAUUACUAGAAAAUAUAAGACAAAUUGUUAUCGAAGAUUACCCUGAGGCAACAAAUUUGUUAGGAGAUGAUUCAUUCAAAAACACAUGUAAAGAAAGAAAAAAUGUAAAAACUAAAGUAACUGGGAAAAUAAAAUCAGUGAAGUCACUGGAUAACAACUCAAAAUUUGUUAAACCUAAAAUCGUUUCAGAAGAAAUGGUAAAUGACAAUUCUGUUAAUGAUCCAACAGAGGCUUUGGCAAAUGAAAAAGUACCUUUAACAGAUAUCACAUCACUUGGAGAAUGUAGUACACAAGUUACUCUAUCAAAGAAUAAUAUACAAGAGGAAAGUGUUGAUCCUGAAAAACCUACUGGCAUUGUAAGUGCAACAGACCAACCUACUGGAAGUGGAAAAGUUCUUUAAUCACCUGGUGCCAUACUCUCAAAAAAAAGUGGAACACAGUGACACACGGAAAAUAGGUGGAGAACGCGGGUCAAUUUGAGUUUUUGCAUCAAACUAAUGGGUCAAAAAUGAUAUAAUUAUUUAGUCAAUGUUUCUUAAAAAUAAUAUUGAUUGACAAUUGGUAAUUUGAACAUCGCAUUCUCCCACCUCAACCCUGAAUAUGGCAUCCCUUGAUAACACAUUUUUUCCAAGAUUUAUAGUUUUCUUUCUUAUAUUUGCUCAAUCAAGCACCUCACAAAUUUCUUGAGGCGGCGUUCGCAGCACAGAUUAUUAGUACGGUAAAGAUAAUGCUCUGAUGACCAUCUGAUGAAAGUAGUCCUAACCAACUGUAAGCAGUAAUUUCUUUAUGAGAAACAAAACUAUAAUCACACCUAUUAUCAGUACGAUAUGUACACUACCUUUUUAGACUCGUAUUGCAUCUAUUUCUGAAUUUUAAAAGAAGUUUUUUCCAUUAUUCUUACAUAUCUAAAAAAGGGAGAAAUGUUUUAUUAGCCCUUGCUUUUGAGAAUGUGAAAAGCAGUAAACAUUGCUCAAAAUUACCACAUUUAACUUCCCUAACUGAACACUGUAUGAACAAGGCUUUUGUGCUACACCUUACCCUUUGUCAUAUCGUGUACCUCGUCUUUAACAUAGACUACAUUCCUUUUUCCAAACUCACUUCACUAAGAACAAAAUUACUCUUUUUACGUUACAUGUUUCUCGCUUCAUUGUCAUCAAACACUGUAAUGUCAUCAAUAUAAGCUUCAACUACUGGAGGGCCCUGAAAAUUUUCCUUGAAGGCAAGAUUAAAAAUCUCAGGUGAUGAGCUUAAUCCAUAAAUACGUUUAUGACAGCAUGUGCCAACAGCUAAAUGAUAGAAAUACUAGUUGUCCUCCCAUAUUGAAAAAUACUGGUAUUUUCCAUCUAUGAAACUACUUCUUCAAAAGUAGACAACUGAUAUAUGUAACUAUUCAAUUCAAAUGUUGUGGGUCCAAGCAUAAGCAAAGAUUGACUUUUUUCCAUUCACCAUUGAGCUACACCAUUCUGGGGGUUUUUGGACUUUUCUCUCCGCCCCUAAGUCAAAACGUGAUAAUGAGAAUGAAUUGGCACUAAGAAAAUUGGUGAAGUGUUUUAUUAUGCGAAUGUAAAUUUGAAGAAGCAUAAUUAUUCAGUUUAAGGUGGAGACUGGGCGGUUAGGAUUGGUCCAUUUAAUGCAAAAUCGACUUACUAUUGCUGUUAGACAUUAACAAAAAAUAAUUUUCUGAUUGUUUACCCAAAAAUAAUUGAAGCAAAGGUGCCAACAAAUAUCCCCAUGCUUUUGUGUUUUUUCUAUACUACAUAUUUAUAUUUUUUAUAACUUAUUCUUAGUAAGCCUUUUUAUGCUUAUCAUUUUUGGUGAAUUUAUUUUAUAUAAUAUAAAUACAUAAUUUUAGCAUUUUGUUUUUAAUUUUGAUGCUUCACAUUUUAUUUGGGAAAACACAAGCAUAGGUAAGGGCCUAUGAGGUAAGUAAUUUUGAUUAAGUCGCACUCUGACUAUUGUUGUUCCCUUGUAAUCUAGGCAACCUGGUAAAAAUCGAAUGAAGUUCCGGGGGAAAUUGUGAGUAGACAAAUUAUUUGCUAAAAACGUGUGAAAGUAAAAAAAGGGUUAGUGCCAAGAAAAAACGUUCCGCUUCGAUUUUAUACUCGCGAAAAAUAUGAUCAAAUACAAAGACAAGUAGUUUUGCAUAAACCAAACAAAGGACAAUCAAGGGCAUAUCCGCAAUAAAGGAACAGAAAUAGGAUUGGUAACCCGAGCGACGUACGUUUCUGCUUAUUGAUUUCAUCAGGCCCAAAUGGAUGUGCACCCAAAAAAAGACACAGAAGUGAAAACGAAUGCCCAUACAUCUGGAUAUAGGUGCAACCUGAAGG